CUAAAAACCUCUCCCUCUUUAUUGACUUUUGAGUUCAAUUCAAAGUGUCACAUUUUUACCCCCGUGCGUUUUGUUUUGAUUUUGUUUUUUUGAUAGGAUGCUUCUGGGAAGUGUGAAAGCCAUCUCAAUGGGAAAAAAAAAAAAAAACCUAUCUAACAAAAACAAAAAACUGAACAAAUAAGGCGUGGGGGAGGAUUAGUUGGGCUGUCGGCUGCCCUGAACUCAUUCCCAUCCAGAAUUAGUGCUCAGAAUACCCUUCAAUCCUUUUUGCUUCCCAACCUGUCCGUAGACGGUGGAUGCGUGAAUCUCUGGUGGACUGUAGUGCCAUAGUGGUAAGCAAGCAAGAAAAGCAGUAGAGCAUUCGUUCCAUCCCCUUAAAUUCUUUAGCGCAUGUGAAAAUCAAUCCUAUAUUUCCUCGUUUCCAUGCUCCUUCCACUUCCUACCAAAUCAAAUAAGAAAAUCUGCCGAACAAACAUUUCAAUUUCCAGUACAGAACCAUUCCCCCACCAUCUUCCUCACUUUCACUGUUACUAGCCUACUGAGCCCUAUUACUAACUAUCCGAUCUGAUCCAGAGGUACUUAAGCUCGAAGCCAACCGCUUUAAUGGCAGAAAAGCUCAUAUUUUUCUGGGUUGUACUCCUUUUCUCAUGCCCAGUUCGCUCCCAGCUUGACGAGCUGUUCUACAGCGGCUUUAAGGAUGUACCCCCCGACAACAUAACCCUAGACGGUUCUGCCGAGAUUCAGAACGACGGUAUUCUCCGUUUAACCAACAACACAAGGAGGCUGAUUGGCCACGCCUUCUACUCGUCUCCGAUCCAGUUCAAGAACUCCACCAACGGCACCGCUUCUUCUUUUUCCACCUGCUUCGCUUUCGCCAUAGUUCCCGAGUACCCCAAGCUCGGCGGCCAUGGCCUCGCCUUCGCCAUCUCGCGCUCGCGCCAUCUCCCUGAUGCUCUCCCAAGCCAGUACCUCGGCCUCCUCGGCUCCGGCAAUAUCGGGAACUUCUCAAACCACGUCUUCGCCGUUGAAUUCGACACCGUUCAAGACUUCGAGUUCAACGACACGAACGAUAACCAUGUUGGGAUCGAUAUAAACAGCUUGAUUUCGAACGUUUCCGCCGCCGCCGCGUACUACGCCCCGGAUUCGAAGAAGAAGCAAGGGCUCAAUCUCACGGGCGGGACCAUAAUUAUGGCGUGGAUCGAUUACGAUUCGGUGCGAAACCAGUUAAAUGUCACGCUUUCGCCGUCGUCUGAAAAGCCCAAAUUCUCAAUCUUGUCGUUUGAUGUAGAUCUCUCGCCGUAUCUGCAAGAAUCCAUGUUCGUGGGGUUCUCUGCUUCCACGGGUCUGCUCGCGAGCUCUCACUACAUCUACGGUUGGAGUUUCAAGAUCAACGGAGAAGCCAAACCUCUCGACCUCUCUUCUCUUCCAUCGCUCCCCGGACUAAAAAAGAACCGCACGGCCUUACUUGCGGCCGUCUCUGUUUCGAUUGUUCUUGUGGUGCUCCUUUCGAUCGGCGUGGCGUUUUAUCUAAUCAACAAGAUUAGAAACACUGACGUGAUUGAAGCUUGGGAGCUCGAUAUUGGUCCGCAUCGAUUCUCUUACCAGCAGCUCAAGAAAGCAACUAAAAAAUUCAGGGACAAAGGAUUACUGGGGUUCGGCGGAUUCGGCCGAGUAUAUAGAGGAACUCUGCCCGAUUCGAACACCCAAGUUGCGGUUAAGCGAAUCUCCCACGAAUCAAAGCAAGGGUUGCGAGAAUUCGCGUCAGAGAUCUCUAGCAUAGGCCGUUUGCGUCACAGGAAUCUUGUUCAGUUACUGGGAUGGUGUCGCCGACGAGGCGAUCUUCUUCUUGUAUACGAUUUCAUGCCCAAUGGGAGCUUAGACAAGUACUUAUUCGACGAACCCAAAACAAUUCUCAGCUGGGAACAGAGAUUCAAGAUCAUCAAAGGCGUCGCCUCAGGCCUUCUCUACUUGCACGAAGGGUGGGAACAAACCGUGAUUCACAGAGACAUCAAGGCUGGAAAUGUGCUUUUAGAUUCUGAACUAAACGGCCGCCUAGGCGACUUCGGGUUGGCCAAAUUGUACGAGCACGGCUCGAACCCAAGCACGACCAGGGUGGUCGGAACUCUGGGGUACCUGGCGCCGGAGCUCACGCGCACCGGCAAGCCCACCACGUGCUCUGACGUCUUCGCUUUCGGUGCGCUCUUACUGGAAGUGGUUUGCGGAAGAAGACCGAUUGAGCCCAAAGCAUUGCCGGAGGAGCUCAUUCUGGUGGACUGGGUAUGGGACAAGUGGCGAGAAGGAGCCAUUCUGGAUGUGGUUGAUCCCAAAUUGAGGGGCGAGUACGAGGAGACGGAGGUGGUGGUGGCGCUCAAAUUGGGGCUAAUGUGCUCUAACAACGCGCCGGGGGCCCGACCCACGAUGAGGCAGGUGGUGAGGUUCUUGGAGGGGGAGGCGGCGCUGCCGGAGGAGCUGGCGUCGCCCGACGCUUUCGACGGCAAGAAGGGUGGCGCUGGCGGGAGCGGAGUGGAGUUUGAGGAUUAUGUGCACUCGUAUACGUAUCCUGCGUCGUCAUUUUUUGAGAAGGUGAGUACGUGGUCGUCCGGGGAGGCUGAUAUUGAGGCUGCUUCAGCUUCGUCUUUGUAUCUUUCCGGUAGAGGUGAUGGUAGAUAGCCAUGACACGACAGUGAGUGAGCUCGCAAUCUUUGCCCCUCCAUUUUUCUCGAGCUUCCAUUUGGGAUGGCAUUCCUUUUGGGGCUAAUAAUUGUUUUUUGGGGGUAAAUUGUUGGUGUCUAUUGUCGAAAGCUGCCUUGCCAUGGAAUUGAGUUUUUAUUAAUUCAGUUGACGUGAGAUUUUAGGUUCUCCUUUCAUUCAUUAUCAUUCUCCUUUGUUGAGGAGUGUAUAUAAUGGUGUCAUUGUUUGUUGGAUUGGAUAAUAUGGAAAUCAAGGAACCCAGUGUCUCUCGUGGAUGCCAAGUUUUGGAGAUAACGAGAAUGACGAAGUAUUAUGGUGGUGUUUUUAACCGUGUUAGCAACCAGAAAAGACCAAGCGAAAAGACAUCAUUAGUUGGUGGCAUUUUCUUCGUGUUCAUGGAUGGAACUUAACAUGGAUGAUAGCUCGAGGCAAUUUUGGACAAGCCAAGAUUGGCAGUCUCAUUUGGGAUGGAACUAGUUAGUUGAAAUUGGGUUUUUUGAUGCGACAAUAAUAUGAUGGCUACGUAUGCUCUUUGGUUGCCAUUUGUUGAAGGCAUUCGGCUGCCAUUGAAUCAAACUACUCACUGAUGAUUGAAUUUUAUAGACAAUUACAAGCUUCAAAGUUCAAACCCCACCUCCUUCGGUUUACAUUUUCGCCGGAGUAUAGUUUUAUUCAUUUGCUUUGUCAAGGAAAUUAGUACUGUGUGUACGUUUUGAUAAACAUGGGUUUCGAAAAGCAUCGAUCAAGUAAUUGAUUUGACGAUGCAACUACGUUACAUUAUUGGGAGUUUGCUGAUCAUUUUGGCGAGAUGUAUUUUUUAUUUUUUAUUUUCCCAUUGUACUAAAGGGAGAUUGCAGGUACACUACUUAGCUCGAGGCUCACAAUUGAAGUUUUCUAAAGUUUUU